AGCAUGGAAUUUGUUUUAUCAGCUGGCAGCACUAUGCGAAAAUGGAAAAUCAUUGCCUUUAAAACUGUAUACUAAUUUGACAAUUCGUCGUGUGAAAACGUUGAUAGUAAAUGCAAGGAUUGUAGAUCUCGAACAAUUUGCUAUAAAAACACAAUUACUUGAACUAAGCUUAUAGUUUUGUCAUCAAAUACUUAAGAAUUUGAUGUAAAAAAAAUUGUCGAGGGUCUUCUGUUAUUUAAUCAAACAUAAUUACCAAGUGCCAAGCAAUACUAAGGCGUAAGAGUGCACACGGGAGUUGUACCUACUUGUGAAAAGGAUUUUGGCAUUGGGUAUUGGGACGUAGCAUUUACGCACCGACAGCAACAAGUAAUUCAGACAACAACUUAUCGAUGGAGGUGUACCUCAACGAAACAGAGUCGCGUUAUUUUAGCGACUUGUUUCUAUGUUGUGACGUGGAAAAAGUUGGUAAAAUACCCAUGCUAAAGGCUAUGGAAUUGUACCGUUCAGCCAACAUCAAAAACGACAUAAUUAAAGAGGUUAUUGCUCUUGCCGGUAUAUCUUCGACGGCAUUGCAUAUUUCACGGGGGCAGUUUUAUUCGUGUCUAAAACUUAUUGCUGCAUAUCAAGCUGGAAUGCAACUACGCCAGGAGAUUAUUGUUUCUUCUAUACCUUUGCCUUUGCCUCGUUUCAGUUGGAAAGAUUCGCCUAGUAGCAUUGAACCGAAUACAGCUGCAAGUGGGUCGAAGACUCACCAGCCUACAAAUGGAUCGAACUCAAUACCACCUCCUCCAGUUGCUGAACGAAAAAAUUCUUUAACUCGUAGGCCAAAUGACUGGCAAGUAGAAGGCUCUGGAGACAAUUCUAGGAAGAAUUCUGCAAUGAUUCAACCACAUUUUCAAAAGGAAAGAGAUUCAGCAAUAAACUCGGACGUGCCUAGUACUGAUUCAGAAGUCGAUCAAAAUGAAUCAAGUUGUGGCGAUGGCGCCAGUCGCAUUGUUAAUAGUGGAUGUAACGGGCGUGAAAUACACCGACAUCGUGGCUCACCAGAAGCAUGGAGUACUAACAGCGAUAGUCCCACACCGACAAAUAGCGUUACGGAACGCCAGUGGGCCAAAGAAACAUUAUGGCAAGGUUUGUUAGGAGAAGAGCAUCGACAGCUUCUCGGCACAGAAGAAGAAUCGUCUGAUCGUCACAGUAGUGAAGAUGAAAAUGAGUCUGAUUUGGAAAGUGUAUAUCAAAUUACGCCCGAACAACGGGAUUAUUACUACAAACAAUUUAAAGCUGUGCAACACGAUAUUAAUGGAUUGCUUUCCGGUCAGAUUGCGAGAGUAUUUUUCGAAAAAUCAAGGAUACCCGUAGAAGAAUUGCGGCACAUUUGGCAGCUAUGCGAUGUAACUCGUGAUGGUGCAUUAAGUUUGGCUGAAUUUACAGCUGCUAUGCACUUGGUAGUGCUGAGACGUAAUAAUAUACCUUUGCCAGGAGCGUUACCAUCCUGUUUGCAUCCCACCGUACUACAACAUAGCUCACAACAUGCAACUGCAAUUACACUUCCACAUGAACCGCCUGAAGCGGAUUUGUUGCAUUUAAAUGAUGACGACGAAGAAGACAAAACAGAUAAUACCAUCGUUAUUUCGAAUACAACAACUGGGACACGAUUUAAUGAUAAAAACGUUAUGAAUAUAAGCACUUUGUCGUCAUCAUCACAAGCGAGUACAAGUUCUAGACAAGGAAAUCAAGCUCCUUUAACACCUCCUUCCUUGCCACCUCAGACAAAGAAUCGCAGUACAUCUAAUUCACCAAUCGUCGAACCCAAUGCUACACCUCCUAAUUUGCCAGUUGAAGGAACUGCUUUAACCAAAAUAAAAGAUCGAAUUUUAUGGGGUCCUGCGGAUUUGCCACCUACACAGUGGACUAAGUUCACGGAAUCUCCUACAUCAAAUGUGUCCAGUCCUGGUCCAAAACCAGUAAACUUCGAUAUGCAACGAACAGCACAAGCAGUGGUGUCGGACCCACAAAUCUUGCAUCCCGUGCCGUUGCGAGUUACCCCAGUUGCAGGCUCGGUUCCUGUGAAUGCUGCUGUAUCUGCUACUGAAACUUUGAACACGGACGGUUGCGAUAUGUCCAAUCAUCAAGAUGCAAGUUCUAAACAAGUAUCACAAAUCCCUACUAGUGGAAUGAUCGUAGGUUCCAACAACAAUAGCAGUGCCACAAACAUGAAUUUACAUAAUCGAGAGCCUAUUCAGAAUAACGAUUUACGUGCAAUACAACGCCCACAAGCAAAAAAGUUACCAACGAAAAAUAUUGGAGCUUUGCCGCCACCGCCGCAAAGAGAGUCCUCUAUAAGUAGUGCAGGGAGUGCUUCAGGUAUCACAAACACAUCAUAUGUAGGUUCGGCAGUUUCUGCUGGUGGAGGAGAUUGCAGCGAAUUGAUUAAUAGCAGUCAACACCAGCAGUUAUUUCAAAAUAAAAAGGAUCCUCCACCUCUACCACCCCCGCGACCACACCGCCACGGCCGGAGUAGCAGUUUGGAUUUAAAUAAAUUUAAAAUUUGCGCACCUGCUAGUCAGCAAUCGGAGAUGACAGCACAAGCAAGUUUUGACCUGCAGGCCUCAACUGGUUUUGCCGAUUUUACUCAUUUUUCUGGCGAUGAUGUGAAAGACACAUCCUCUGAUCAACAACAGUACUCCUUGCCUCCAGUGCAACCAUCGGUGUCAGUACCAGCAGCUUCAACGGCGACCGUCAUGCCCCCAACACGAUUCUCGUUGCAACAGUCGAAUCAGCGAAUAUCGGCGUUUGAAGUAUAUCGGAAACCAAAUACGUUGCACAGUUCCCAAUCACCCAUAGCGAAAGAUUCUGCGUUACAAAAGCAACCAUAUUUUCAGUCACAGCUUAGUUAUCCGACACAACCAACACAACAGCCACCUCCUAUGCCUACACCAUUUGGUGCUCUAGGGGCUGCCGCAAUAGCACAACCGCCACAAUUACCGAAUGCUGAUCUCUACGAAAAACGAGUGAAUGCUAUUAGCGAGACGUUAAGACACGUAUCCUUUAAACAGGAAAACAAUAUGAGUGAUAUAUUACGGCACUUGCGUGAGCAAAAUAACCUCUUGUUACAUUUGUGCAACGAUUUAAGUGAUGAAUUGCUGAGCGUGCAGACACGCAAGGAAGAAUUACGACUGAAAAUGGAAACGUUGACAUUGACCGAGUCAUCAACUCUGAUUAACACACAACAGCUACCGCAAAUUGGCAUACGAACUAGUUCAUCUAUUUCUGCACCAGUUACAGCAAAUGUUACUGGAGGUUCAGGCAGCUCAGGAGUACAUUCGAAUGUGUAAACUAAAAACGAAAGGUAUAAAGUGCACGGGGAGCUUCAUUGUUUUUAACUUUCUAUUAUGAAAUUAUUCUAUCUAUUUUUAUUUAUUUAUUAAUAUACAUCAAUUUGCGAAGAAGAAUACCAGAAGUAGUUUCAAAAAUAUAUUCUCCUAUAUAAGCAAACUUUCAUGUACUUUGUUUGCAGAACUAUUUGAAUAAGUUGGCUUACAAGACGUUACCAGUAUUUUCUCAGAAUAGCAUAUUUAGAAAAUGUAUAUUCUUAAAAGGAUUUGCCAUAAUUUGAAUUAGAAAAACAUUUAAGUUGGUGUUUGAUGACUACAACUAUGUUUCAAAAAGUUUUCGACCAAUCAGAAUGCAUUCCUCAGCGUGAUAUUUUAGCUCAAGUUCAAUAUGCGCAGCUAUUCGUAUAAAACAUAUUCACAAAAUCUAUUUAUUUGAUUGCCGUAUGAGUUGUUGAGUAUAAAUCAUUGAUAUUUGAUUGAACGAAAAAAUACUACCGUUUGUAUUGUUUUGACAUUUUAUUUACCAGUUACACACAUACCACAACUUAAAGCUUUUGACUUUGUAUUGUGAAUUACAUGUGAGCAAAUGAUGUUAAUAAAUUAGAAUAUAAUACACAUUUC